CGGCAGCCCUUGCACCGCACCACGCACGCGCCCCGGCCGCCCCUGCCCCUCGCGGACGCCCCACGCCUCCACCUCUGCUGCGGCAGUAAGGAGUCUUCCGAGCUCGCCGCCCGAGCCAUGCCCCGCAUAGAUGCAGAUCUCAAGCUGGACUUCAAGGAUGUCCUGCUCCGACCCAAGCGGAGCAGCCUCCGGAGCCGAGCCGAGGUGGAUCUUGAGCGUACAUUUACAUUUCGCAACUCAAAGCAGACCUACUCGGGAAUUCCUAUCAUCGUGGCCAACAUGGACACGGUGGGGACCUUUGAGAUGGCAGUUGUCAUGUCACAGCACUCUCUGUUUACUGCAGUCCAUAAGCAUUACACCCUGGAUGACUGGAAGCAGUUUGCUGCCAAUCACCCUGAAUGCCUGCAGCAUGUAGCAGUGAGCUCAGGAAGUGGGCAGAAUGAUCUGGAAAAGAUGAGCAGCAUCCUGGACGCCAUCCCCCAGGUGAAGUUCAUUUGCCUGGAUGUGGCCAAUGGGUAUUCAGAACAUUUUGUGGAAUUUGUCAAGCUGGUCCGGGCCAAGUUUCCUGAGCACACCAUCAUGGCAGGGAAUGUGGUGACGGGAGAGAUGGUGGAAGAACUCAUCCUUUCUGGUGCUGAUAUCAUCAAAGUGGGAGUCGGGCCAGGUUCGGUGUGCACCACUCGCACCAAGACUGGGGUGGGCUACCCGCAGCUGAGCGCCGUGAUCGAGUGUGCAGACUCUGCCCAUGGCCUGAAGGGCCACAUCAUCUCUGACGGUGGCUGCACAUGUCCAGGAGAUGUCGCCAAAGCCUUUGGAGCUGGAGCAGACUUUGUCAUGCUGGGAGGGAUGUUCUCAGGCCACACCGAGUGUGCUGGGGAAGUGAUUGAGAGGAACGGCCAGAAGGUCAAGCUGUUCUAUGGGAUGAGCUCCGACACGGCCAUGAAGAAACACGCGGGAGGAGUCGCUGAGUACAGAGCCUCUGAGGGUAAGACCGUGGAAGUGCCUUACAAAGGCGAUGUGGCCAACACAAUCCUGGACAUCCUCGGGGGACUGAGGUCGACCUGCACCUACGUGGGGGCCGCCAAGCUCAAAGAGCUCAGUAGGAGGGCAACGUUCAUCCGGGUAACCCAACAGCACAACACCGUGUUCAGUUAACUCGACUGCAGGAAGCUGCCUCACAUGCCGCUUUUUCCAUGUCCUUCCCGGUCUGUUCACCAGCCCCGUGGCUGCUGCUGCUGAGUGGAGCUGAUGGAAUGCUGCGCCCUUCCUCCCUCUCCUGCCACCUGGGGGCCAUGGGGCUCUUCUAGUGCCUUCUUGGGGCCUAGAGGCCAGGGACUGAGGGGGCCAGCGGUCAGCGCCUCGCUGUUCAACCCAACUUUGUACUCUGUUCAUUUCCUGACCUUGCCUUCAUUUUCUAGUGAAAUGGUUUCACUUUAAUCUA